AUGAUACUGGCACCAUCCGAUACAGCUGAAACAUGUGUUUGUUCUGUCAAUGAAACAUUUGAUUGGCGUAUCGAUGAUGGAAAUUAUUGUCAACUUGUCUUUCUAACAUCAAAAUCGAGAUCAAAAGCUAUUGCGGAUAUUAUUUUAUGGUUUAAUUAUUUAUUUGAAUAUGUUACUGAUCCUAAACAUAAUAAAGAAUCUCAUACUGAAUUACUGUGCACUGCAAUGAUUCGUCGAGAUUAUCAGUUUGAAUUUACUGUUCAGUUACUUCGAGAUUCAAAGACUUUAGUGCCUUAUCUAUCGUCAGCAAUAAAACAGCGACAGUAUGAUAAAAUAUCUUCUCGGCAAUCGAUUCGAGGACAUUUAAUGAAAUUACAACAAUUUAAUCAUCCAGUUCAUUGUGCUAUAUGCCAUGGAUUUAUUUGGGGUCUUCAUCAUCAAGGUUUUGAAUGUUCACAAUGUUUUCUUGUAACUCAUAAAAAAUGUAAUCAACAUAUACCAUUUUGGUGUCGACGAUCUUUAUUUCCAGAACCUCCUUCAUUAAACGGUAGUUCCCGAAUAAAUAUUCAUAUUCCACAUACAUUUAAACAACAUGAUGCACCAUUUGUUCGAGCUUUAGUUACUCGCAAUCAUGGUCAUUGUAAUCAUUGUGGUUCAGCAAUAUUUCGAAAUGCUCUUAAGUGUACACAAUGUCAUUUUAUUAUUCAUGAACAUUGUCAGCCAAAUAUUCCACCAAUGUGUACAAUUCCAUAUAAUUCAAUGGCUGAAGCUAUAGCAGAUGCAGGUGAUUUAAUUAAUAGAGGUGUACGUAUUCAUUAUUCUAAUCAAGAGAUUGAAGUAACUCAUUCAAGAUCAUCAUCUUUCGAUAUAUCUUGGCUUGAUCCAUUGCCAGAAUUUGAUUUUGAAAAACAUAAUACAAUAUUUCUACCAAAAAUUGCAGAUUUUGAAUAUAUCGGGCGAGUUGGUGAUGGUGCUUUUGCUCAAGUCUAUUGUGUUCAACAUAUUUCAUCAAAACAAUAUCUUGCAGUUAAAGUUGCGGAUGGAAACAAUGAUCAAGCUCGACAACAAUUAGAAGUUGAAAAACAAAUCUUAUUUCGUUAUAGUCGUGGAAAUCCUUAUAUGAUUAAAGCUUAUUGUACAUUUCAUCAAGGAAGUAAAUUAUUUCUUGUUAUGGAACUUGUUCAAGGUGGAACUUUAUAUCAUAAAAUUCAAACAACACGUAUGAAUGAAGAUGAAAUAAGAUUUUAUUUAGCAGAAAUUAUAUGUGUACUACAAUAUUUACAUUCAAAUAAUAUUGUUUAUCGAGAUCUAAAACUUGAACAUGCAGUUGUUUGUACAGAAGGUCAUAUACGUGUAGUUGAUUAUGGACUUGGACGAUUAUUAAAAACUUCGGAUGAAACUUGUCAUACUUUUUGUGGUACAUAUAGUUAUAUGGCACCUGAAGUUCAAUGUUUAGAAACAAAAGCAACUAAAGAGGGUUAUAGUUAUCCAGUUGAUUUUUGGGCACUUGGUAUAAUGUUUUUUCAAAUGUUAUCCGGUGAAUUAUUUGAUUAUCCCCCUCAAUCAUUUUCAAAUACUAAUGAAGAAACAAAUGAAUCAAAAAAUAUUGUAGAUAUAUUAGGAUUACCUCGUCAUGCAAGUCCCGAAGCUUAUUCAUGUAUUUAUGGUUUACUUGAAAAUGAUCCAGAAAAACGUUUAGGUUCACCUGAUUCACCUCAUGGUCUAAUACGUAAUCAUCCAUUUUUUAAAGCUGGUCGUAAAAUUGAUUGGGAAAAUAUUGAUGAAGGUGUAUUCAAAUCAAUGGUGAAAAAUAUUUCGGCUGCCAUGGUUACAUCUGAUGCAUCAAUUUAUCGACCACUUGCAACUUUAUCGAUGGAUAGAGGAAGUCAUGGUAAAGCUGAAUGGAUAGCUGCCGGUCAAUCAACAUGUACAUUAGCUGAAGAUGAACAAUUUAAAUCAUUUGAUUAUAUUAACCAGUCUUCAUGGCUUGAAUUAAUUCAAUCAGAUGUUUAA